CUUCCUUCAAAGAAAGCAAAAUCCCAAGCUCAAAGAUAAAAAAAAAAAAAAAGUGAGAGGUAUUUCCCCACUGAAAGAGAAGCAAUUUUGAGUAAAUAUGUAACAAAAUAGCAUAGGAUUGACACAAGGAAACCUGUCCCAACUACUCUGUCUUCUUUUAACAGUCCACCAUGCCACUACUGAAGAAAUGCCCAACAGCAGCUCCAUCAGCCACUUCCUCCUGCUGCCAUUGGCAGACACGCAGCAGCUGCAGCUCCUGCACUUCUGCCUCUUCCUGGGCAUCUCCCUGGCUGCCCUCCUGGGCAAUGGCCUCAUCAUCAGCGCCGUAGCCUGCGGCCACCACCUGCACACCCCCAUGUUCUUCUUCCUGCUCAACCUGGCCCUCACUGACCUGGGCUGCAUCUGCACCACUGUCCCCAAAGCCAUGCACAAUUCCCUCUGGGACACCAGGAACAUCUCCUACUCAGGAUGUGCUGCACAGCUCUUUUUCUUUGUCUUCUUUAUAUCAGCAGAGUAUUUCCUCCUGACCGUGAUGUGCUACGACCGCUACGUGUCCAUCUGCAAACCCCUGCACUACGGGACCCUCCUGGGCAGCAGAGCUUGUGCCCACAUGGCAGCAGCUGCCUGGGCCAGUGGCUUUCUCAAUGCUCUGCUGCACACAGCCAAUACAUUUUCUCUGUCCCUGUGCCAUGGCAAUCCUCUGGGCCAGUUCUUCUGUGAAAUCCCCCAUAUACUCAAGCUCUCCUGCUCACACUCCUACCUCAGGAAAUUUGGGACUUCUGCUUUUACUACUUCCUUAGCACUUGGUUGUUUUGUGUUCAUUGUUUACUCCUAUGUGCAGAUAUUCAGGGCUGUGCUGAGGAUCCCCUCUGAGCAGGGACGGCACAAAGCCUUUUCCACCUGCCUCCCUCAUCUGGCCGUGCUCUCCCUGUUUAUCAGCACUGCAGUAUUUUCUUACCUGAAGCCCCCUUCCAUCUCCUCCCCAUCUCUGGACCUGUCCCUGUCAGUUCUGUACUCGGUGGUGCCUCCAGCCCUGAACCCCCUCAUCUACAGCCUGAGGAACCAGGAGCUAAAAGGUGGCCUAAGAAAAUGGAUGACUCUAUGUUUUCAGAAGUGUUGCACUCCUUCUUUUCUGCACCAGAGCCUUUAGAAUGUAACUCUU